AAGCAGCUGAGCUGAAAGCUCUGGAAGCUUCAAGAGAAGAUCAAAGAUGUGAUGUGACCUUCAAACGGAAACUGUCCAAAUACUGAGGUUCAAAAACACCAAAAAACCGCAAAUUACCUUCAUCACGUCAUUUUUAGUGCUGCGACUGAUGACGAUCUGUCAGCUUCAUUAUUGUUAUUUAUGCUUUUAUUGUGUAAAUUCGUACCGGAUGUGUAGUCCUGUUGAGUUCCUGCUGCUUUGACGGAUGUUGCGUCACUGCUGCUUUAAAGCAGGCCGAGCCGAGCUGAACCAGGCCACAAACCCCGGACAAAUGGAUCGUUUCACAGCCUGAAAACCAGCACCGAGACCCGGACUGAAACUCUGGAUCCAACCCGUAAAGUCCCGGGACGAAAACCGGAUUAAACCCCGAGUGUGGAGACGUUGAAACCGGAGUGAAGCCGCCUCAGUCACCGGGCUUUUCCAACAUGGCCGACGCCGAGGUGUCCUUGUCCCCGGCUCUGCGGCCGCUCCACAUCAGCCCCUCCCACCCGGCCCCGCCCCCUCCCCCGGCCUCUUCCUCCUCCCCCACCACCUUCUCCUGUCCCUCCUCCCCCUCCAGCGCCUCCUCUUCAUCCUCCUCUUCCUCCUCUUGUUCCGAGAGCUCCUCUGACUGCCCCGCCCACCACCAUCAUCAUCAUCACCACCACCAUCAUCACCACCACCCCCGCCCCCAGCUGCAGCUGCCCCCGCCCCCCCACAGCGAGCAGCCGUCCUCCCCCAGCGCCAGCCCCCGCAGCUCCAGCCCCAGCGGCAGCAUCGGCAGCACCGGCAGCCUCGGCAGCAGCAGCAGCAGCAGCGCCAGCGAGGGCAUCGGCAGCAGCGGCAUGUCGAGCGGCGGCGACCCCCGAGGUCCCAGCCCGCCGCUGGACGUCAUCUCAGAGGACGCCAUGGAGAUGGACCUGGGGGCCGACCAAGUGAUCGACCCUGAAGUGGCUCUGAAGGCUUGUCAGGAAGUUCUCCUGAAGGUGAAACUGCAGAACAGAGAAGUGCCUGAACAGCAACAACUGGACAACAAACAACAACAGGACGAUCAACAACAACAACAACACUGCACAGACUCAUCAGAGCGCUGCGGUCCACAGUGGCUCAUCAGCCCGGACACCAGCUCCAUCAAAGAGGAAGAGGAGGAUGAGGAAGAGGAGGAGGAGGAGGAGGGGAGUGGUGGAAAGGAGGGACGAAAACGAGGUGCUGUUUCCCAUCCAGAUCCGUCUCCUUCAGCCCACUCGGAAGCUUCCUCAAUGCCUUCAUCAUCAUCAUCAUCAAAACAGUCUUGGCUGCUGCGCCUGUUCGAGUCCAAGCUGUUUGACGUUUCCAUGGCGAUCUCCUACCUGUACAAGUCGAAGGAGCCGGGGGUGCAGGCGUACAUCGGGAACCGCCUCUUCAGCUUCCCCGACAGCGACGUGGACUGUUACCUGCCGCAGCUGCUCAACAUGUACGUGCACAUGGACACGGAGGUGGGAGACGCCAUCAGACCGUACCUGAUCCACCGUUGCAGAGGAAGUAUAACCUUCUCGCUGCUGUCCGCCUGGUUGUUGGGCGCUUACUCCUCCGACAUGCACAUCUCCACCCAGCGUCACUCCAGAGGCACCAAACUGCGCAAACUCAUCCUGUUUGAUGAACUUCCUGCUUCCUCCAACACAAACACUCCGCGAGCAGUUUCAGCGUCUGUCUCCGAGAGUCCGGUGUCCUCCCCGUCCCACCGCCGCUGUCACCGGAGACACAACAGCAGCAACAUGGAGGCUUCAGCCCCGUCCUCCUCCUCCUCCCCCCCUGGCCCCGCCCCGGACAGCCCCGUCCCGGGGGACGCCGAGGUGUUUGUUUCCCCGUCCAGGAGGACACACCAGAGAUCCAAAUCAGACGCCACCACGGCGAGCAGCGGGCCCGGCGCCGGCCUCCGACGGACGGGGAGUAACCCGAAGGUGGAGGCGGUCCACGAGGAGCCGGAGCGUCUGCGUCCUCAGCGGGAGUUCGUUAAGUCUCUGCUCUGCAUCGGGAAACGUUUGGCGACGCUGCCGACUAAAGAGCAGAAGACUCAGCGGCUGAUCUCUGAACUGUCGCUGCUCAACCACAAACUGCCGGCGAGAGUCUGGCUGCCGACCGCAGAACACCAACAUCACGUCUGCAGGAUCCCACACACACAAGCUGUGGUCCUCAACUCUAAAGACAAGGCUCCGUACAUCAUCUACGUGGAGGUUCUGGAGUGCGAGAGCUUCGAGACGUCUCCUGUUCCUGUUCGGAUCCCGGAGACGAGGAUCCGCUCGGCUCGCUCCGCAGAGAACCUGGACUGCGGCGGCGGCGGCGCUGCGGCUAACGCUAACGGCAGCGGGAUGACAUCAGAACACCGAGCAGGAAGCUUCUCCACCGUCCCGAACUACGACAACGACGACGAGGCGUGGGCCACCGACGACAUCGGACAGCUCCAGGUGGAGGCUGAGGCUCAGACCAGCAGCAGUGAUAACAUCAGUCAGUUUUCAGUCGACAGCAUCACGAGUCUGGAGAGCAAAGAGCCGGUGUUCAUCGCAGCCGGAGACAUCAGGCGGCGUCUGUCGGAGAACCUCGCUCACACGCCGACCACGUUCAGGAGAGACCCCGAGGACCCGUCAGCUGUCGCCCUCAAAGAACCCUGGGAGGAGAAAGUCAGGCGGAUCCGAGAGGCGUCUCCCUACGGUCACCUGUUGAACUGGAGGCUGCUGUCAGUCAUCGUCAAGUGUGGAGACGACCUGAGACAAGAGCUGCUGGCCUAUCAGGUGCUCCGACAGCUGCAGUCGAUCUGGCAGCAGGAACGAGUUCCUCUGUGGAUCAAACCCUACAAGAUCCUGGUGAUGUCAUCAGACAGCGGCAUGAUCGAACCUGUCCUCAACGCCGUCUCUCUGCACCAGGUGCGUAAGCAGAGCCAGCUCUCGCUGCUCGACUACUUCCUGCAAGAACACGGCAGCUACACCACCGAAGCUUUCCUCACCGCUCAGAGGAACUUCGUCCAGAGCUGCGCCGGAUACAGUCUCAUCUGCUACCUGCUGCAGGUCAAAGACAGACACAACGGGAACAUCCUGCUGGACUCUGAAGGUCACAUCAUCCACAUUGACUUCGGCUUCAUCCUGUCCAGCUCUCCUCGAAACCUCGGCUUCGAGACGUCCGCCUUCAAACUCACCUCUGAGUUUGUGGAUGUGAUGGGCGGUCUGGACGGCGACAUGUUCAUCUACUAUAAGAUGUUGAUGCUUCAGGGUUUGAUUGCUGCCAGGAAACACAUGGAGAAGGUUCUGCAGAUAGUGGAGAUCAUGCAGCAAGGCUCCCACCUGCCCUGCUUCCAUGGUUCCAGCACCAUCCGCAGCCUGAAGGAGCGUUUCCACAUGUCUCUGACGGAGGAGCAGCUGCAGCUGCUGGUGGAGCAGCUGGUGGACGGAUCCAUGCGCUCCAUCACCACCAAACUCUACGACUCCUUCCAGUACGUCACCAACGGCAUCAUGUGACCACAGACGACCACCAUGUUUACCUUUCUGGCGGCCGCUCCGGUCGGUCUUCGGCUGCUGGAUGGAGCUGAUGGAAACAGCUCGACUGCGUUUACUGGAUUUAAUUUCAUCAUAUCUGUCGACACAUUUGAUGGUCUCGGAUUUCCAACACGUCAGAAUUUUGUUUUCUCUGCUGCGUUCAAGUGCAGCUGGGAAAGUACAGCAUCCAGGUUGGAGAAACAGCUGGAAGCAUCAGAGGCUGCAGAAUUCAGACUUGUUGUUGAUCUGAUGUUGCUGCCUGACGAGACUUUUACUGGAUUCUACUGGAUUUUUCCUCUGAACCAGCAGGAACUCAGCUGCUCUGAUGAGAUGGAACGUUGAACGCUGCAUGUGAAGCUGUGUGUUUGAAGGUAAACGCUGCUGCUGAAAUGAUCACAGAUGAAUUUAUAUCGUCAUUUAUUGAGUUUAAUUCCCAAAACCAAACAUCAAGAGAAUUUUUUUUUUUGCUGAUCAGAUGAAACAUUUGAAGAAAAACUGUGUUGAGCUUUCGUCAUUGUUUUGACUUUUAUAGACCAAAAUGAUUAACUAACUAAAAAACAUCCUCUAUGAAAAGGUCGACUAUGAAAUUCUUAGUCAAUUCAUGUUUUUAUGAGAAUUCUUCUGGUAGAAAAAUUAGAAAAUUGGAGUCAUGUGAUCAGCGACAUUCACUCCAGAUUUAAAGAGAUGCUCCUGGCUGACUGCACAUCUGUAUCACAUCUCUGAGAGAAGAUCUUUCUUCUUUAAAACGUUUCUCACAAGAACAUUUAACAGAAAAUAAACCCAGUAAAGAGUUAUGAGAUACUAAGUCAUAUUUAUGAGAAAAGUCAAGAAAAUUCAACAGAAAAAUGCAGAAAAGAUCUUGUAAUUACAAGAUUUAGUGUCUUAUUCUGAGAUGGUUUGUUUAUAUAUUGAGGAGCUCGAUUUAUAAAAAUGAAUCCUCAGUGAAACUAAUCAGCAGUCGCAGCCCUCAUGAAAACCGGUUCAUACGUUUAGCCCAAUAUUUAGUUUUUUAAAUGAGCUGAUAUUAAAGCCUGUAGACAUAAAACUCAUUAGUUUAAAGUGCAGCAGGACGUCGGCCUGGUUGUUCUUAAAGAACAGAUCAAUGAAAGAAAAACACUAAAUGACUUUUGUGAUGUUUUAUACAGAACAGUUGUCCGUUGUUCUGUGGAUGUUCAGAGAAAAGACUGAAUGUUUAGAGAUUAUUAUUAUCGUUUUUUUAGUUAGAAAUGGAGUCUGAGACCAGAUCAUCUUCCAACAGAAUUCCUCAAAAUGUUGAAGUUCAUUUUCACCAGACGUUUGUCACAACUGGAUCUACGUCCACAUUAUCAAAGUAGCUUUGAGAAAGAAACAUCUGGGCAGAAAGCAGCUGGAUUGAUGUUUCUGUUCAACAGACGAUGAAUCCAAAUAACUUUCAGUGAUUCUCUGAUUCUUCAUCCGGCGCCACCGACACUUCACUUCCUGUCUGCUUAUUUCUAAAACUAAAGACUGAAUUCUUAUCAGCUUCUACUUUGCUAACAUUAAUACAAAUAUCAGACACUUGUGCAGCUAGUUUUUUUUAUACUUGUACAAACAUGAACUCGUUGUUUGAAGCCGACGUCCUGACAGGAAGUUGGAUCAGUUAAUCACCUUUUUGCUUGUUUGACACGCAGGUUCAUUCAACGCCUGUUAAAUGUCAGUAUAAUAACAUCCAAACAAACAAAUUGUGACCCUGUUUUUGUACCAAAACCGGUAUUGUUUACAUUUAUUUCCACUUCCUGGUCGUGUUUAGCAGCGUCGUUUCACGUGAAGCUGAGAUUUAACGGACAUACAGUUCUAGUCGCUGCCUUCAUGGUGAAACUUAAGGAUCUAGAAAUUUACUGCUAAUGUGACAAAUGUCUGGUGGAAAAAAAAAAAGAACCAAUUAAAUGUCAAUGUGUAAAUUUAUUUAAUCCAAUUUAAUCCAAUUAAUUAAUUUAAUCCAGUAAUUUAAAUUUUUCUGUAGUUUCAGUUUAACGACAUUCCCUGUUGGAUUUCAACAUGUUAACGAUGCUAAUGCUAACGAAACUCUACAGUGUUGAAUUAAAAA